ACAGCAGGAGGGUUGUUACUUGAACAUCUACUCUCUCACGUUUGGCCUCGUGAUUUCAAACUGUUUUCAGUCGCAAAUGUUUCCGCAAAUUUUCCCCGAAACCCUCUCCCUCCCCGAAUGACCUGUGGCAGAACACGGCAGCUUUGUCUGGCUCUCUCAGCUCAGUCUGGAUCAGAUCAAAUGAUAAGAUGAAAAAUGCAAAACUACCCACGAUUGGACCGUCCAUUUUCUUAUCACAGCAGAAUCUUAAACUCCCGGUCCCCCCUGACCAAGCUUUCCCUCCAACGCAAUAUCUCUCUCACCCAAAUGCCACCUCUCUUGCCUCUGCUCUGCAGCACUACAUCAACUCGGAUAACCCCUCCCCUGGCCGAAAGAUACAUUCCCAUAUUCUUAAAACUGGGUUCAGGACCAAUAUAAAUAUAUCCAUCAAACUCCUCAUUUUGCACCUGAAAUGUCGCUGCCUGAAAUAUGCACGCCAAGCGUUCGAGGAAUUACCUCAAACAACGCUUUCUGCUUAUAAUUAUAUGAUCGGUGGAUAUAUCAAACAUGGAAAAGUUGAAGAAUCACUUGGUUUAGUUCGUAGACUGGUUUUUUCUGGUGAAAAGCCUGACGGGUUUACUUUUUCUAUGCUUUUAAAGGCGUCUACUUGUGCUUGUCAUGUGCCUUUGCCGUGUAGUUUAGGAAGAUUGGUGCAUGCUCAGAUACUGAAAUCUGCUAUUGAGCCGGAUGAUGUUCUUUAUACAGCACUCGUUGACUCCUAUGUUAAGAAUGGGAAGGUUGCUUAUGCGAGGACUGUGUUCGAUAUCAUGCUGGGAAGGAAUGUAAUAUGCUCAACAUCGAUGAUUUCAGGGUACAUGAGUCAAGGUUCUAUUGAGGAUGCUGAAGACAUAUUCAGGAAGACAGUGGAAAAAGAUGUGGUGGUAUACAAUGCGAUGAUUGAAGGUUACAGCAAAUCGAUUGAAUAUGCUAGCAGGUCUCUUGAGGUUUAUAUUGGCAUGCAACGGUUGAGCUUUUGGCCUAAUAUCUCUACAUUUGCUAGUGUGAUCGGGGCGUGCUCUGUGUUGACAGCAUUUGAAACUGGCCAACAAGUUCAAAGUCAACUGAUGAAGACUGAAUUUUUCUCUGACAUUAAGUUGGCAAGUGCUGUCAUAGAUAUGUAUUCUAAAUGUGGAAAAAUUGAGGACGCACGAAGAGUUUUUGACCACAUGCCAGAAAAGAAUGUAUAUUCAUGGACUUCCAUGAUUGAUGGAUAUGGGAAGAAUGGAUAUCCUGAUGAAGCACUUGACCUCUUUAGCAAGAUGCAAAAGGAAUACCACAUUGAACCCAACUACGUUACUUUCCUUGGUGCUCUAUCUGCUUGUGGACAUGCUGGGCUAGUUGAUAAAGGCAGGGAGAUCUUUGAAAGCAUGGGGAGAGAUUACUCGAUGAAACCAAAGAUGGAGCAUUAUGCCUGCAUGGUUGAUCUCUUAGGCCGUGCCGGGAGUUUAAAGAAAGCAUGGGAGUUUGUAAUAGGGAUGCCCGAAAAGCCCAAUUCUGAUGUUUGGGCUGCCCUGCUUAGUUCGUGUAGGCUGCAUGGUGAUGUUGAGAUGGCAAACAUAGCUGCCAAUGAACUUUUUAAAUUGAACGUUGAUGGUCGGCCUGGGGCAUAUGUUGCACUAUCUAAUACUUUGGCAGCUGCCGGGAAAUGGGACAGUGUUAGUGAACUUAGGGAGAUAAUGAAGUUCAAAGGGAUAUCCAAAGAUACUGGCUGGAGUUGGGUUGGGACUGAUAGUGCUUUAUAAGCUUUCAGAUUCACGCGACGUAAACCAUAGUCCAUGUAUUUUCAGGUCUCCUUUUGCUUUGACGAUAUUGUUUAUAUGGGAAACGAUAUCAUUCAAUAUUCUUUUGAGCGAUUGGAUGAAAAUGUAAUUUAUGCUUUUGGAUUCUUUGAUCAAGAGUGUAGACAUAAUUGUUCAACAAUAGCGUGCAGAUAGGAAGGUUUAUGAUGGUCACUCCAGAAAGAUUCAGGAAAAGGCCAAAAAGGGCUCGUCAACUGUUGUCUGCGGUGAGUUGGUGGCUAGAUUCAUCCACUUUCUGCAAGGUUGGAUAAUUCCGAACCUCAAGUUUAUAUACGCAGUAGAGGAGAAUUCAGAGCCAGACUUAUAAGCUUCUUAGGUAUUGACCCUGAUGGACAAAAUUGAGGCAAGAGAUUUGAGGCUUACGUACCGAAAUAAUUGUUACAAUAUAUUCAGUCUCGGCAGUCAUUGGAUGAUGAAAUUGGAAAUUUUAGAAGAACCAAGGCAGUGAAACCAAGUUGCUCGUGGCGUAUGGACUAUGGAAAAUGUCUUGAAAUUCUUUUAAAAAAUGAUUGAAAAGUUAUUCCACGAAGGGAGCUUCCGGAGUAGUUCGAUGAUGACGUGGGAAUUUGUAGUUGGUAGUUCACCCGUUUCUUUCGAAGAUCAUGACCCAAACUUUGUUUAAUCGGCAGCAUGGUACGUGUUCAUUUUGUCUUUUUUAUCGACCUGUACUAGUACUCGUGUUCUCCGCCGACGAGAUUUUGCAUUGUAUUUACUGCUUCUUGAAGCUGUGAGAACCAAAGA